AUGAUAAAUAUCCCAACAAUAAAAAAAUUAAUAGAGGAUGAAGGUCAUGUUUUUGUCUCUAGUUCCUAAGAGUAAGGCAGCUUUGGUUGUGUUAUUUUUACUCACUUAAAAGGUCAUGAGAACUAUAAGUAUGCUAUUAAAGUCUUUGACGUUGAUGACGGUUCGAAAAAAAAUUGCAGUUAAGAAAAAAUCUAAGAGUGUUAAAAGGAAGCUAGGGCUUUGAAAAUUUUAAGCCAUAAAAAUGUUGUAGCUUAUCACUCAGAAAAGUAACUUGGAUUAUUUUAUUUUAUUAUCAUGGAAAUGUGUCAAAGUUCUCUCCACGUUUGGUCUUAAAGCAACUAAAAUAUAAUUUAAGAUAGCCUGUUUUACAGUAUAGCUCGGUAAAUCUUGGAUGGCUUGGAUUACAUUCAUAAUAAAGACUGGAUUCUCAGGGAUUUAAAACCUCAAAAUAUUCUCAUAAACUAAGAGGUUGAAAAAAUUAAAAUAAAACUAUGCGAUUUUGGAGCAGCGAGGUACUACCCUAAACAAAUAAAUCCUAAAUCCACAAAUUGCUUUGGCACUCUUAACUAUAUGCCACCUGAAGUUAUUAAAGAAAUAUUUUUAUAAAAUCAUAAAUUGAAAUAAACGCCAUAAGGAGAUAUUUGGGCUUAUGGAAUAUGUUUAUUAUCUAUAGGAAAACCCAUUUUAAAUUUUAAUGACUACAUAAAAAAAAAUUGGUAAGCACCAUACACUCCUCUAUUAAAAACAAAAUCUAAUUUUUCCAGGGUCAGAAUUAAAAGAUCAUCCCCUUAAUCAUGUUGA